UUAUCCCUAUUUUACAGAUGAGAAAACUGAGGUUAAAUGACUUGUUCAGGAUAACAAAACAAUCUGCUUCAUCUUGAUUCUGCAGCAUUCCAAAGUGUGGUAUCCUUGGGGUUCUCUUAACAUUGCUAUGGUGCAGAAGAUUUAAAAUCAGCUGAUGUUCACAAGGAAUAGAGUCACGUGAUGUAUGAAGGGAAACAUAUACACUUCUCUGAGGUUGACAAUAAGCCCUUGUGCUCAUAUAGCCCCAAACUGUGCAAGCAGCGGCGACUCAACGGCUACGCUUUCUGUAUCAGACACGUUCUGGAGGACAAGACUGCCCCCUUCAAGCAAUGUGAAUAUGUGGCCAAGUAUAACAGCCAACGCUGCACCAACCCCAUCCCCAAAUCAGAGGAUCGUAGGUACUGCAACAGCCACUUGCAGGUACUUGGCUUUAUCCCGAAAAAAGAGAGGAAGAAAAAGAAUGAUCCUAUAGAUGAGGUAAAGGUCAGGCACCAGAUGGAUACCAUGGCCUUUAGCCUGGCGGUGCCCACGUUGGCCUUGAAGAUGCCCAAUGGACUGGACGGUAUGUCCCUCUCUCCACCGGGGGCAAGAGUCCCUCUCCACUACCUGGAAACCGAGUUGGAAGACCCGUUCGCUUUCAACGAGGAAGAUGAUGAUCUAAAGAAAGGGGCAACUGUGAGAAAGAAGUUGCAGAGCAAGUUGGCCCAGAAUCGUCAGCGCCAGAGAGAGACAGAGAUUUUAAAAGUUCGGCAAGAGCACUUUAGUCCCCCUCCUGCACCUUCCCAGCAGCAGCCUCCGCAGCAGCACUCCAGCCUGUCACCUUUACCCGCGCCUGUCAAACCUCCAGCGCCACCGCAGGGCUUAGUCUGCAAGUCACCUCAGCCUCCGAACACCAGCCUACCACUGCAGGGAGUGGCCCCCACCACACACACUAUAGCACAAGCGAGGCAGUUGUCUCACAAGAGGCCUCUGCCCCUCCUGCCAUCCAGUAGGGCUCCUGUCGUGGACCCGCCCAGGACUGACCGGGUCCUUAUGAAAGCCACAGCCUUCUCUCCACACUUCUCUUGUAUAAGUCGACUGCAGAGACUGGUGAAACUGUGCACUCAGAAGCAUCAGUUGGACACUGAUCUGUUUCCCCAUUUGGGGUUGGACUGGUCUGAAGAGAGUGGGGAGGAACUGGAGGACUCGGAGCAGGCCUCGCCAUACCAGGUUGCAUGGUCCAUCCGAGAAACCCUCAGAUAUGAAAGACACACGUCAGAUGACGAUGACACGGAGAGUAGGAGCUCCAGGGUGACCCAACUUUGCACUUACUUUCAGCAGAAAUAUAAGCACCUCUGCCGCCUGGAGCGGGCAGAAUCCCGUCAAAAGAAAUGCCGGCACACGUUUAGGAAAGCCUUGCUGCAGGCGGCCAGUCGAGAACCAGAGUGUGCUGGCCAGUUAAUCCAAGAACUGCAGAGAGCUGCGUGCCACCGAACCAGCAUAAGCCGGACCAAGUUGAGGGAGGUGGAACCAGCAGCAUGCAGUGGCAUGGUGAAGGGUGAACAGUGCACUAACAAAGCCCUUCCAUUCACCAGACAUUGUUUCCAACACAUCCUCUUGAACCGCUCUCAGCAGCUCUUCUCAAGCUGCACGGCCAAGUUUGCAGAUGGACAGCAGUGCUCUGUGCCUGUUUUUGACAUCACACACCAGACACCUCUGUGUGAAGAACAUGCCAAAAAAAUGGAUAAUUUCUUGAGAGGAGAUAGCUCCCGGAAAGUUCAGCACCAGCAGCAGAGGAAACCCAGGAAAAAAACCAAGCCUCCUGCCCUUACCAAAAAACACAAGAAGAAGCGAAGGCGUGGACCUCGUCGACCCCAAAAGCCCAUUCCCCCUGCAGUACCCCAAGGGAACCUCAGCAUGCCCACCAGCGUCUCACUGCCAGUGGAGGCCUCUCAGAUCCGGAGCCCGUCCACGCCAGAGCUGAGUGCUGAUGAGUUGCCGGAUGACAUUGCCAAUGAGAUCACUGACAUUCCACACGACUUGGAAUUGAACCAGGAGGACUUCUCGGACGUCCUGCCACGGCUGCCUGAUGACUUACAGGAUUUUGAUUUUUUUGAAGGAAAGAAUGGAGACCUCCUCCCAACGACCGAAGAGGCUGAGGAGCUUGAACGGGCCUUGCAGGCUGUAACUUCUCUCGAGUGCCUGAGUACCAUUGGGGUGCUCACCCAGUCAGACGGUGUGCCCGGCCAGGAGUUGUCGGAUAGAGGAAUAGGGGUGUUCGCCGCAGGUACUGGAGCGCCAGGACUUCAGUCCUUGAGCCGAGAAGUGAACACGGACCUGGGGGAGCUGUUGAAUGGGCGCAUUGUCCAUGAUAAUUUUCCUAGUCUAGAGCUGGAUGAGAACCUGCUCCGCUCUGCUGCCUUGUCUAACCCACCUACACCCCUGGCAGGGCAGAUCCAGGGGCAGUUCUCUGCCCCAGCCAGCGUUGGCCUUACUUCUGCCACUCUGAUCAGCCAGAGUGCACUUGGGGAGAGAGCCUUCCCAGGACAGUUUCAUGGACUUCACGAUGGCAGCCAUGCCUCCCAGAGGCCACACCCUGCCCAGCUGCUGAGCAAGGCAGAUGACCUAAUCACCUCACGACAGCAAUACAGCAGUGAUCAUUCACACUCCUCGCCCCACGGAAGCCAUUAUGACAGUGAGCACGUGCCGUCUCCCUACAGUGACCAUAUCACCUCUCCCCACACAACAUCUUUCUCUGGUGAUAAUAUGGCAGCUACCUUUUCAGCAGAGAUGCCCAUCAUGGCACAGCACUUGCUCCCAACCCAACUUGAGGUGCCACUUGGAGGAGUCGUGAACCCCAGAACUCACUGGGGCAAUCUCCCUGUCAACCUUGGGGAUCACUCUCCAUUUAGCAACCUUCUCGACGCAGAUGGACAUCUUCUUUCCACUUCCCUGUCCACGCCACCCACCACUUCGAACUCAGAGACCACACAGCCUGCCUUCGCCACCGCGACCCCCAGCAGCUCCAGCGUGCUUCCGGGGUUGCCGCAGACCAGCUUCAGUGGCAUGGGGCCCUCCGCUGAGCUAAUGGCCUCCACCUCUCCCAAGCAGCAGCUCCCUCAGUUCAGCGCAGCCUUCGGCCACCAGCUGAGUUCUCACAGUGGCAUUCCCAAGGACCUGCAGCCCAGCCACAGCUCUAUAGCGCCUCCUACAGGCUUCACAGUAACAGGUGCCACAGCUACAAGUACCAAUAAUGCAUCUUCUCCUUUUACCUCCCCUAACUGAGCGUGUCUGUGUGUCUGCAGGCAGGUGGGGAGCCUGGUGUUUUCUAUCUUUGUUUCCUCUUUUAUCACCCCUUCCCCUUUUCCUAAAGAAGAUUUUAAAAAUAACAGAUGGGGGCUGGGGGGAACUCCCUUUUCCGGUUAGACAAGUUCCCCUGCGGUGGACCGUGCUGCAGUGUUCACGCGUGCUCCUUCGCACUGGUGCUCAUUCCCUCCUGGCAGGUUCACUCCCCCCGUGGUUCCCUUAGUGGCUCAGCACAGUGACUGGAUAGAAUUGACUCAGCAGCAAGUCCUAGAAGUGGAAGAUACCUCAGAUUACCAGUGCCCUUUACUAUUUCCUAGUAUUCAGAUCAAUGCUUUCCAUUUUAUUACCAGGUCUUACAUAGGUGGUUCUAGAUAGAAUGGUCCCAUUCAUCGAGUCCCUGUGUGUAAGACAUAGCAAAUGGUGUGUGGAGGCCGAUCAAGACUCUGACUUAGCAGCAACUGCUAAAAACCAGUGAGGCCAGGAUUCCAUUCCUAAUCGUGAUCACAUUUAAUUAAAAAGAAAAAGAGUAGUCUUUGGACUGCCUGUGUGUAUGUGUGUGUCCACACGUGUGUUUCUGUGCAGGGCCGGAGCAGCUGUCCUAUUGUUAUUCUCUUUUGUUCCUAAUGAGCAUAUAAGACUCUGACUUCUUCCCCACACCUCACACCCCUACUCAUGUUGGUCAUUCUCUCCCACUGAGUUAACGAAGUUCCCUCAAUAGAGAGGGUGGUGGUCUGGUCACGUGAAUGGCACAACCCUUUCUGCUAAGUUAGCCCGAAACCCAAAGCUGAAUUCCCAUCGGUGCUGUGGGAAGUGGUGAGGCGCUCGCCUGAUGCUGCAGGGUUGCUGAGAGACUGUCUGCUGGUCAUGUCGCCGUGUUGGACAUGCAUUUGUUCCUAGGUCCCUCUGCCCCGAUGCAUUCGCGAGAUGUAAUUAAAGGAGAUAUUUCGAUGUGGAAAGCGGGGUAGGUCAGGUAGAUGUGGGAAGAUGGCAUCUGUAAACUUCUUGGUCCGUCUUUUGCUUUUGAAUUUUUCAUGUUUACAGUAGUGAUUCUUUGGUAAGGUUUGUAAAAUGUUGAAGACACUUGUAGAAUCAGUGUACCAGUGGUGAAGUGAUAUGUAAUAUCUGAAGGAUACACAUUUUAAAGUUUCAAAGCAGAUUAUGGAAAUGAGACGUAAAAAUAAAUUUUAUCCACUCUUUGGUACUUUUAAAAUAAUUUAAGUGCUUAGGUUUAAGUUUUGGGAAGUUGUCUGCAAGUACCAGGAUUUUACACUUAAAAAUCAUAUUGGGUAGGUUAGUAAAUUGGUGACUAUGAAACGACUAUGUGAGUUUUCUUUUUACCUGCCUUCUCCCCUGCCCUCGCCCCUCCCCCCAAGGGUGGAACUAGGUUUUAAAGGCAUCUGUCCUCUGCUUUUGCUGAGACGUUUUACUGUCCCCUGAGGUACCAUUGGCUAUUUAUACCUGAGUCUAGUCUAAUUUAACAUAUAUAUAUUUUAAAAGAUGAGUAGAGAGAGCAUAUCUAUUAAUGAUGAUGUGAUAUAAUGCUUCAUUUGUCAGGGAAUAUUUGAUCAUAAUUUCUUUUCAAUAGGUAAAGAUUGGGAUGUAUUUUCCUACUUCCAAUAUGUAUUCUCUUUAUGCCAUGCUACUUGUAACCAGUCCCUUCUUUUGAAAGCUUUUCUUUCUCUGCCUUUUAAAGGAAUGAUGGUGAUCAGCAGGCAUUAUGCAGGUGCCAUGUGACUGAGAUUACGGAGGGGAAGUCACAUGACUGUAAGAAAUCAUUAUAUGCCCUAUUUUAUAUUUAUUGAAGUUUCUUUUUAUGGGCCAAAAAUACAUUUGUAAUAUAUUUAGUUUCUUUUUAAAAUCAUGAUAAUUGAUUAGAAGAUUUAUUUUUAAUAGCUUUGCCUUUUUUGCAGAUUGAGAAAUUUCUAAAUUAUAAAUUAUGUCACAAAGCAAAGUUAUAUUCGGUAUCACCAUAAAUUUCUAUUCUGAAUGGUGAGAACAGAUCUUUGACGAUGUCUCACCUGUGGACCUAUGUGAGUAAACUUUUUUAUGUUCAUGUACUGUAAUGAAAUGAUUAUGAGUAGUUACCUCUACUCAAAAGUGUCAUUUAGUUUGCUGAACUCUUUUCACACCCCAUUACAAUAACUGUCCCUUCCCAGCGAUUGGGCUUAGUCUGCAUUGUGUGCUAAUGAGAGGUUGCAGGGAGCAGCUUGCGUUCUUAUCGGCUCUUCUCUGACAGCAAAGGAAAAGUCAUGGGGAGUCCAUUGGAACUUUUCUGGCUAUUUGUCCCUCGUGGUAGCUGCUUAAAAUUCUUCAGUUAUCAAAACUGAGUUUGCAGUAAGUUGCACAUUUUAUUGUUUGCAAUUUUCUGUUUUAUGUGCAUUUAAAAGUCCUUUUCUGCUUCCUAGAAGGAGGCAGGAAAUGAUCAGGAAUGUUGCCAGUUACAGCUUCACACCAAAAACUUGGAGAAAAUUCAUUUUUGUUUAGAUGCCCACGGUGAUAGCUGAAGAAAGGGCACGUAGAAAGUACCCAGUGUGGGCGUGAGGAAUUAGUAAAAAACAAACAAAUUUUUCCUCUCAUUUCAUCUACUUCAAAACAAAUACCCGAGCUUGUGAUUUGCUUUGCUCUUGCUGUUUCUUGAGUCCCCUUUUGGAAGAGAGAAGAACAUCUGUGAACCCAGAGAUAUCCGUUAUGUUUUUCUGGUAGCUAAUGGAGCAAUUCUAGUCUAUUAGUAGUAGGCUUGCUAUUAAUAUGUAAAGAAAGGAAUGAAGUGUCUUUUACUCCAGAAAUAUGAAAAUUAGUGUCUUUUGAAGUAGCACUUAUGCUAUAUAUAAUAAGGCAAUACUGGAAUCAAAAACAAAUUUUAUUUAAGGUCCUAAUUAGGUGGAAGCUAGCUUUUAUUCUGGUGUUAAACUCGAGAAGGAGUGGCUUCAGUUCACUCUGUUUCUGCAGUUCUUCGGGACCAUUUAUAAAGGCCAGUUAGAUUGUGUUAAUGUGAUUUUAUUUACAAAGUUGCUGCAGUUAAUGGAUACAUUCUGUCUUCUGAAAACCAGGAUUCCAUUCUAAUGGAUACUCAUUGGCUGUGAUCUAGUGUCCGAAGAAAUGAUGUGUUUUCUCUCCUUUACUCUCUCUACAUAAUUGUUAAUAUUAUUUUAAUUAAAGUGCUUAAGACAUUGAUUUUUCUCUCUAUUAAAAAUACUUAGCAAUUUGCACAGCUGGGUAGGUUAUAUAUCUAGUAAACAAUUCAUAAUAGUUAAUAGCAAUUACACUUGACCCACCAAGUGACGGACUAUGCAAUGAAAAAGUUUUCUAAUUCUCGUCACAUAGCUUAUACUGUGGAGGAUUAUUUUCUCUGGUAACCUGCCAUGUGAGAGAUGACUCUUUGCAAAUGACUUCCUGAGCAAUGUCAUGCUGGUGGGCAGUGUGGUGAGUCCCGUGUCCCUCCACGAGAAAACUGUAAUUUAAUGAGAAGCAAAUAGCAAGUAUGGAAGUAAAGUUGGAAUUCCGCCCUUCAAAUUGUAGUUACAUCUUGAGUGGCUUCAGGCUAAAGAAAGCUAAUGCUUUAUCUUUGCCACAUAAUUAUUCAAGAAUCAUUUCUUAAAUAAGCCCAAUCUCUCAAUUGCAAGUUAGAAAUCCCAUUUUUCUGUGACUAACACUAAAGUAUUUUCUUAGCGUUCUCAAUCCGUGAUCACAGCUCAGAGAAGCAAAGAUAGUUCUUUGAUUUGGAAAGAAAGGUUAUCUGUGAUACACACAGAUACCCUAUCGGUACAAUUCUCUGCUUAUGUGAAAGAAUUUAUAUUUCUGUUGACCGGUUCCUUUCAGUUUUCACAAAUUGGCACUAGAGCUUGAGCAUGCGCAGGGGGUCCCAUGCGGUCAGUUCGCCCACUUGCCUGCAGUCCCUCCUGUGCGGUGCAUUGUGGGUGGUGAUGGUUGAUAGCUUCAUCAGCAACGUCUGUGUGAGGCAUCACCCUUACUCCAGGCUAGUUCAAAAGGUUGUGGAUUAGUAUUGUAAAAAGAUGAUGCUAUUAAUAACACUAAACUAUUUAAUAGGUUUGAAAUUCAUUCAAAAACUUUUAGGUGUCUAGUUUGCAUUUUCUUCAUCCUCUUUCUUUUUAAAUUUCUUUUAACAUUCAAUUAAAUUCUAUUUUUAACCUGGCAUAUAUAGAGUAAUUUAAUGUUUAAUGGUCUUCUAAAUGGUCAACAGAACUCCCUUUUGAGAAUUUCAGAAAGAAAAUGUAAGUCCUCCCAAACAGUCUUCAUUUGUAUCUCUUUCAUCACCAACGCCUACGUCGUGCCAAGGAUUUUUUCCUGACAAAAAUAUAUGUUUCUUGGGGUGGGGGGUGGGAAUAUAUAUAUGAUAGAACAUAGAUUUUUUUCACUCUCUCAAUACAUUGAAAAGAAUUGAAUCUUCACUGGCAUUCUACAGAAAGGUAAAACAAUUUAAUGACUUCCUAAUAUCUUGAACUUUACAGGUUUCCCCGUAUAUUCGGGAGGGAUCCUGAAUCCAUGUUCAGGAGAUUGACAUUUUAAACACUGUCAUUCAAAAGAUUCAUAAUAAAAUACCAGUGAAGAACAUAUUCAUUUUCCCCUGACCAGCGAGUUGGGAAAGAAAACAUAAAAUAUAAAUGAAUGACUACAUCUCUCCUAAUAACCAGUAUCAUUAAUGCUAAGAUUGUGGUCAGAUUUAGAGCCUUAUUUCCAAAUGGCAAAAAUUCUCCUUUCACUCCAGCUCUUACUGUUUGUUAGCUUUCCUCUCUGCACUGGGGCACAGAGCUAAUCAAAGGGAAUGUGGAGUCAGAGCGGGAGAGCCACUUUGGCAUGACUUUCUUUACCUACAUCCCUGGAUCCUGGGAAUGUUUGGCUCCUUUCAAUGGCAGAGUUUUUGGUGACCUGAAGUUUAGUUUUGUAAGAGAAAACCUGUCUAACCCUUAGUGAGCUCUGUAGGGCAGCACAGCACAGCCUUCCUUCCUUUCCCUUUCUGCCUGCUUGCUCAGCCCACCCCAGUCCUGCAGUGUACACACACACACACACACACACACACACACACACACACACGCAUACACACACCGUCUGUACUGAUCCUGAUCCUGGCCUAAGAGUAAUAGGACCCUCAUCUUUCACUUGUUUUGUUUUUGUUUGUUUAUUUUUUUAAGCUGGGGACCACUGACGUAAGCUCUGUAUGCACCCAAAGUUCCCCUUGGAAAAUUUUUCAACAUGCAGUGCAGAAGGCUCCAGUGCAGCGAAAUGCCACACCAUUGCUUUUAGUUGGGGAUAGACUGAUUGGCCCUGAAAUGACUUCACCUCCUUAAGGUCCCACAGGCUCCAGCAGAUGAGUGUGGAAGUGAUAGGCGUUGUCUUCAUCUGCUUGCAAGGGUUGAAUCAGUUCCUCUCAACAGUGAUAGUUCUUUUUCACUGUACAGUGUUGAGUAUGUCUCAGGGAUUCCUUGUGGAAAUUAGGGCAGAUUUUAAAAUAAGAAAAUAGUUUUCAAAAAACUAAAGGUGACUCAUCAUUGAAGAGAGUGCAAGAAAGAGAAAACAUUUGGUUUCAUAGCCCACAGUGUCUUGCAUAGGACUUUUCCUUUCUCCUUCAGCCUCUCAUCUCAGCUUCAGCAUACAGAAUCUUUUCCCAUCAUGCACAGCUUUAAAACUUUUAUUUAAAAAUCUCCUUCCCCGAUGAGCUUUCAGAAUACUUAUUGUAGAUUUUAAGAGAAAAGGUAUAUUAAUUUAUGCUAUUAACAUCACCUCAUAAAUUAUAAGUUUUAUACUAAAGCUGUAUUGAGUGUAAUGAGUUAUGUUGCCUAUGUGUUUAAUAGCUAAAAAAUUAUAUAAGAGCUUUUUUUUCUUUUUUUUUUUUUUUUUUCACAAAACAAACUAGUGAAGCACCUUUUUACACUGGAUCUCCGCUGUGUCAAGGUGUAUAGCUGUCCUUUGCUACCUUGCAGAUAUAUAAAAUAAAAGGAUAUCCUGGGGCCUCAAAAUGUAGAACACCUUUAGACCAUUAAUUACGCUCAUAGAACUGUUGAGAAUCAUGUUUCUUCAGUCAGUGAUCUGUGGUUUACACUUAAGAUGGCUAGAAGCUUAGUUACAGGGUAAAUAGAAAUACAUAGAUCAAGUAAAAUUCCCAACUACUGUAGCUGGAAUUUGUAAACGAAGUUUUUAAGACCUCCUUUAUUUCCUAUGGAUUUAUUCUUUAAUUUACAGUUGAUUUUGUAAGUUGGGAAGUAAAAUAGAGAAAAUAAAUCUAGAUGUUCUCAGUGUCUUAUUCAGGAACCUUUUUAUCCCUCCUCACUAAGGAAUUCCCACUGUGACUUUAAAAUAGAAUUAAAUUACUUGUGUGCAUGUAUAUGUCUGUUUUUACACACAUGCAAAAAUAUCCAUUGGGGGCACGUGUGAGAGAGAUGAGUGUGAGCUUCAGUAAAAAUAGAGAAAGGUAAUAAUGUAUUAUAGAAAUAUGAUUCAUUUAGUUGAGGGUAUUGGAAUUGCUUUCUCAGUGUCUCUGUUGUAUAAAUACACCAAAUUGUUCAUCAUGUUAUGUUAAAAGGCUAACUCUGAUAUCAUGUGCAUUUUAUUCUAAUGUUUUCACUUAUAUUAUGCUAUGUUUUUAAAGUGACAUGAGAAACAGCAGGUUCUAAGACCAGCCUCUGGCUUCUGAGCAUAAAGAUAGGAGAGAGACGACAGGGCUGUGUUUAUCUGUUGGGGUGCUGGGACCAGAGAUCAAUUGAGCCUUCUUCUUCUUCUUCUUUUUUUUUUUUUUUUUACGAUUUCUUUAUAUUCUGAGUUAGAAAAUAUUGUUGAUCAUCUUUUCUUGGUGAAAUUAAGAAAAUUAUAGGCCUUUGAUAAAAAAAAAUGCCAAUUUUUCAAGGGGCUGCUUUGUUUAAUGAAUUGGUGGGAUCAUUUCACCGUGUAUAUUUCAAAACAGAUGAUUUCAGUUAUUUUCAAAAAUGAAGAAAAAAAUUACUUACCUUGUGCUAUUAUUUAUGAAGUUAGCCUGCCCUCCUCCACCUAUAUUUUGGCUAUAGGGAAAAUAUGCUACCCUUGACUUGAUCCAUAUGGAAUUAAACAUUCCUAUAUUUUGAGGU